CAAACAACCAUGUUGAGCUUCCAAAAUCCACCUUUCGAAGUAGACCACCAGUUGCUGCCGGACUCGGGGGUUGCGAGGGAGACGGCUCAUCAUGUACCUGGGCAUCCGCGCAUUCGUCUAGAUGACCAGGAGAAGGUCCGCCAGUUCUUGACUACGGAGUUCUGCAACGACGAUUUGGAUGCAAUGGCCGACAAACUGUGGUGGAUGUCGAAGCAGGACAGCCGGAACAUCUCCCCGCUUCACCGUCAGAUCGUGAAGCGCCGUACAAUCGUUAUUACGGAGGACCCGAAGCUUCAUCUGGUGUGGAUCAACGACCGGAUCUUCAUCAAGCCGCUCCCGCGAUACCUUGGCUCGCAUGCCUUCUGGAGGCAUCACCUUGGUGCUGAAAACGGGUCGAAGGGAAACGAAGGCCGGGUUCGGCGGGCGGCGUUGGGAUUCAUCCGGACUUAUCAUUACCUGAUCAAAUACGAAUGUGACUUUCGCAUCGCCCAGGAUCACAGCCUUAGUCUCAUCCCCGCCGACAUUACGUGGACGCAGUUCUGCAACUUUACGUCGCGCCUUGCCGACAUCCAAGACAGAGAUGUUUCCCAGAGGUACAACUACGGGGAGAUCCGCCUGACGCGACUAAACUUUUACGCGCCCCUCUUGCUUCGGAAAUCGCACUUCCAGAGGGUGGAGUAUCAGUACGGGCCGUAUCUGGCGCGAUUCUACGUCCCCAUUCUGUUUGUCAUGGGUGUCAUUUCGGUUGUUCUGAGCGGGUUACAGGUUAUCAUCGCGGUUGGCGAGGGGAGCGGAGGAGGUGAUGGCGGCGGCGCCACCGCCGACAAUGUUGCUCUUUGGUUCAGCGUCCUGAUGAUUUUGGUAUCCUGCGGCGUCCUUGUAGCUCUUGGGGCGCUCGUUGCAUACAAAGUGGUGAAAGAGUGGAACGUGGCGAUACGCGAUCGGCGUCGGCUGAUGAGGGAACGGCACAAGGAUAAGACACUGGCGGCAGCAUGCCCUUGAAGGCUUGAAAGAGAGAGCAUAUCAACCUAGUGGUUCUUGUACGAUCGUUAUCGACACUGGCGAUCUAAUGCUUGCUGAUCAGGACAGGUAGGACUUGAGGGUAGUACUGUGACCUGCAAGGAAAUGAUCAUUGCCCGAACUCCAAACCCAACCUGAAAGCUGUUCAAGCCAAACAUAUCGAUAUAAAGGGGCAUUUAACAGUUAGAAUGCUAUUUUCUUCACGUGUUGCUUAGAACACUGCCUAGAGCACACAGAAGUGAAAGGGAAAGACACUUGAGGCACGUACUUUAGCGCUAGAAUAGAUGGAGAAUGUUUCCAACACGGAUGUCUAUUCUCUGCUUCAAGUGUUACCUAGGCUGGGAUUCAUCUCCACAGCCAGUUUGAGG